UAGCAGCCGAUCGAUGUGUAACCCAGUGUCCGUGCGCGUGGCAGCACUGCUCCGAGUGUCAAUGGACUUCCUGUCAGCUGUGAGCACAGCACAUAUGAUAAUAAUAAUAAAAAAAAAAGAAAGGGAAUAAACUGUCAGUGGUGAGAGGAUCAGGGUUUUAUUAGAGCUGUGCGCUGAGGAUGUCGCAGUGCUGAUCAAUCAUCAUGACUCAGAACAGGAAAAGAGGAAGAAACUCGCACGAGGAUGAGACGGAAUUCAUGCCUCUGUCCAAGAGGAUCAACAAUCUGCACAUAAACAAUGGGAUGAUGCUGGACGGGAGUUCGAGCAGCAGCAGCAUGCCGCCAGGUGAAUGGGGCCCCGGACCGCCGUACUUUCAGCAGCAGCAGCUGCAGCAACCACAGCAGAAUCUGCCAGAAUCUCCACCCGACUCGCUGCAGAGUUCAGAUUGGAGCAACACACCCGAACGGGGACCGAAUCCCUUCUACCUCGACAUAAACAAGCAGCUGUACGAGAUGUACCUUGCCAGAACGCAGAGGACGAGCAACAACUGAAACCUCAUUCUCCUCCACUUGCCGAACAUUAAUCAAUUGUUCCCCAACAACAGCAACAACAAAAACCCACUUACCCUUUACUAUUUUUACAUUUGCAAAUAUUUAUUUAUUAGGUCA